GCUCCAGAACUAGUUCUGCGCAGUUGAUGCAAUUCCUCAUCGAACUGCCCUUCCCGGUAAAGUAGCUAUGCCGCCGAAAGGCCUCGACAUGGAGACGGUCACUGGAGUCAGCUCGUGGAUGGUGUGCUCCGUGGGCAUGAUGAUCCUGAACAAGCAGGCCAUCAGCGUGUUUCCAGAUGAGUGCACGCUGACUGCUUUGCAAAUGGUCUUCUCGGUGCUCGUUCUCGUAGUCUUCGGCUACAAGUACAUUCAUAUUGGAUCCCUUUUCGACUUUCUUCGAUGGUGCAUGGUGACGCCGUUUUUUGCGGGAAUGCUGCUGACCUCCAUGCUAGCGCUAAAGAAUGCAUCGAUGACACUGGUGAUUGUCUUCCGCUGCCUAUCGCCGGUGCCCUCGCUGGUGAUUGAAAGGUUUUAUCCAAAUCCGAUACGGAUUUCCCUUGCAAUGUGCAUGUCCAUUCUCAUGAUGGUUUGCGGCACCUGCCUCUAUGCCAUGCAGUUGCCUCCGGACAGCAUGGAAGGUAUCCAGUGGGUCCUGUUGAACAUGUUCGUGGCCGUGGGGGACAGGCUGUUGCAGCGCCUGAUGCUGGCCAAGGAUCAGAGCCCAGUCGACAUCUCAAAGACCGGGGUGACGCUCAUCAACAACGCUGUGGGCGCUGUUGUUGUGGGCUCCAUCGCCUUGGGCAACGGCGAGCUGCGGAAAGGCCCGCAGGACCUGGCGCAGCUGAGCGCCGGCCCGAUGGUCAUCGUGGUGCUCAGCUGCAUCGUGAGCGUUGGCAUCAGCUACACCGGGGUGUGGGCGCAGAGCCUCAUCAGUGCCACCAGCUUCCUGAUGCUCGUCAACGCCAACAAGUUUGUGAUCAUCUUCUAUGAGGUGUUGUUCAUGCAAAGCAAGGUGAUUGACAGAGUGCAGCUUGUCGGGGCAGUCAUGGCAGUCACCGCCAGUGUGCUCUACGGCCGCGCCCGGCAAGUCCUCGAGGCCGAGCAGCACAGCGAGGACUCGGCAGAGACCAAGGGGAUUAAGAACGACGAGAAGACCGCGGGCAGUAAGUAUGUGUAAAUCCGCCGGCACCGUUCUGCCGAAGUGGUUCUCCCCCCCCCCCCCCCGCAUGGCACCUGGCAGGGUACUCCCACAGGUGCUGUGGGAGUACCUGGGUGAACGCGUGAGUUAUGCGUUUUUCGGCCCGUGUCCGGGCUGGUGUUACACAGGGGGAAAGAAG